ACCGCGGCGCCGAGGCCAGUCGGCAGCGGGGAGGCGAGCGGGAGAGGAGCCGCCGGCCGGGGGGCUCUCACAUAAACCCAGGCCUCAAGCCCUCCGCGUCUGUUAUCCCCGGCCUCCCCUCCCGUUGUUUUCAUCUGGAGCUGUUCAACUGGCGUGCAGAGGAAGCUACAUGCAAAACAGGAUGGCCCAGGAGACUAAUCCAUCCCAGGUGCCCAUGCUGUGUACCACAGGAUGUGGCUUCUACGGCAACCCACGAACCAAUGGCAUGUGCUCCGUCUGCUACAAAGAGUAUCUGCAGAGACAGCAGAACAGCGGCAGGAUCAGCCCACCAGCAGCCAGCGGAGCUAGCAGCAACAGCUCAAGCACAGAAUCCAUCCCUGUUCAAUGCACGGAAGGAAACCCUGACAUGUCUGCUGAUUCCUCUGUCAGCACAACAUCUGGCAAAACCAGUACACCUAUGACGCAACAGAUGACUGCGAUGAGCAUUUCUCAAGAUGAGUCAAACACAGAGAGCGAGGGUGCUCUGAAGGUGGAAAUUACCACUGCAUCAGCUGAAGAAAGUUUGGAAACUGCAGAAGGCUCCACAGAAGGUGAGGACAAGGUCCCAGAAAAAACAAAACCCAAAAAGAAUAGAUGCCUUACCUGCAGGAAGAAGGUGGGACUGACAGGAUUCGACUGUCGCUGUGGGAACCUUUUCUGUGGGCUUCACCGGUACUCGGACAAACACAACUGUCCUUACGAUUACAAGACUGAAGCCGCAGAGAAGAUCAGGAAAGAGAAUCCCAUCGUAGUGGCUGAGAAAAUUCAGAAAUUAUGAACAACUCUUAUCGUAGAAAGACUUAACUUCAUGUGGGGAAAAAUCCCUCAUGGUGUCUCAAAGAGUCUGGCUUAAGACAGAAACCUGUUUGUGUGCAAAUGGAUAGGCCUGAGACUGACAGAUGGUUUAGUCAAUGACUCGCUGCUGAUGCUAAUUUGCCCUGUGGUACAAUGAAGAAAUUUAUACCAAGUGUGGAAACUCAACCAGCAAAGGAAAAGCAGGUGAACCGUACCACAAAAAGCAAUCUUUUUUCAGCAGUGGUCUUUUGACUGUACCUUCUGCCUUAAUAAUCUACUGAGAUCAAGUCUGCGGGGAGCUAAGCAGGGAGCUAGGCCAGUGUACCCAGUUUAUGUGCCUAUAGGUACUUUACACCCCUUUACACCAACCAACCCGAGUAAUGACCUCAUUGGCAUGCUCCCUUUUCUGAGCUGUGAAUUUGUGUGUAUUUUUGAUCGAGGUGAUAUUUACCUUUCUCCCCCUCAGGUAAUACUGGUGUAUUACUGGUGGAGUGUGCAAUACGCUUGUUGAGACUGAAGAAGGUCUUGGAAGCUACCAUGGUACACAAGAAAAGGGAAAGGUAUUGAAAUUGGGUCUUAUUGUAGCUGAUCUCAUUUAACUCUGAAUGUUAAGUUUCAAAGCUUAAAAAAAGCAGCAACUAUUGUGCACUGUGUAUCAUGGCUGUCUUCUAGGCUUUAAGCAAGGGUGUGUUCACACAGGUAAGUAUAGAUAUGCUGUUCAUAACAUAAUUUCUAAAAACUAUUUUUUUAUUGGGUUAGGGUGAGCAGGAGGGUAGCCAAAGUGGACAUUACCCACAACCAUUGCAGGGACAGCAUCUCUUUUUUUUGGUCAGAUUGCCAUGUCUUGGAUUUACCCUGACUGGUCAUAUCAAAGCAACACAACCUACCUUUUUAAACAGACAUUUUUUUGUGUGUGUGGUGUGUGUGGGGAGGGGAGGGGGGAAUUCUCCAUAGUUUAGCUUUUUAAAAAAAUAUAUAUAUAUAUAAUUCCAAACCUGACAGCUGACAGCUUUGUUUUGCAGUAUUACAGAAAUGACCUUUCAUGCUAUUUUGUGGGGUGGGGGGGGAAAAAAAACAUGAAUGCAUUUGUAUUGGGGGAAUAGGAAGCAGAUUAUUCUUACAUUGAGCCACUGUAGAGCAAGAAAAAAAAGUGAUUCUGUCUCUCUUAAUGGGAUGUGACACUGGUUUAGGUGCGGUGCGGGCCGGUUCACUGCACACUUCAAGCUAAGUUACAGACAAAUACAUUGCAGUGUUGCAGUCUUAUUAUUUUUCCAGCUAUUUCAACUUUGAGAGCUACAAUUUGUAACCGUGUACAGUUUAAACUUGUAAAUUUGUAUUGGGGAUGUGGGUCGAAGACAUACAGUAUAUUGAUUGAGUGUUUUUGGGUGCUAGUUGUGCUUUUCUUCUUUACCCCCCUUACCCCAAUUUACUUUCUUCUCCCCUUCCCCUUUUUUCAAUGAAAGUAUGAAACAAGAUGCUAAUAUAUUGUUUGCUUGGAUUGUGCGUUGCUAGUUAUGUUAGGUUAGCUCUCGAUUUUUGAAGUUUUGACCCGAUGUUGUGCACAAACUGUGUAAUUAGCUCUUUAGUUCAUUAUCACACCUAAACCCAAAGCCUUUGAGUGUGAGCAAUAUUGGCUUGUUGACAUUGCUCCUGCUAUUGUUGUUGCCCAUCCCAGCGUAAACAAACGCUACGGAGAAACCAGUUGGGGGACAUUUUGGAGGUUGUUGUGUGCAGUUUUUCACUUUAAUGUAGAUUAAAAACACUGGUACAGUAGUUGUUCCUAACCUCAUGAUCAUUGUGGGCUUUAACUGAGUCACUGUACUUCCUGAAUGCCACUCCUUUGCACUCUCUGUCAUAUAAAACUAGCUGAGUUACAGAUGUACAUUAUAAGCAGAUAUUUGUAUUGGGGGUAUUUCUCUUCCUUGAGGUUGUAAAUGAGACCUAAAUCAAUCUGAAAUUAUUGUCCUUGAGAAAUGGUGGGUAAUUGAAUUCCACGUCCGUACUUAUUAAUUCCAUCUAAACCAGCAAACUAUUGUGACGUUUAUCCACUGACACAAUUAACAAUAAAUAAUCCACUGUUCCAUGGCUGGAACAUUAUCAUAUCUCCGAAAGUUUACACAAAAUUGUCAUCUAAGCGUUUAACUCAAGUCUAAAAGCAUAAAAACCGUAAGGUGUGUGACUUGAGAAUACAUUAAGUGUACAGGAUCUUUCUUUUCUAGCCCUCUAUUUAGGAUUUUGGGUGAGUUUAGAUAAAAUGUUGAGUGCUAGAAGUUUUCAAAAGUGUUACAUCAAGAUAAAUUUUAAACAGGAGUAGUCUGAUAGGGUCAUGUUUUUGUUUGGUCUUUGUGUGCUGGAUUUAAACCCUUAGUUUGCCUUAUUUCUGAUACACUCGAGUACUACAAAUCUACAACUAUUGCAAUUCUAUGGAAGCCUGUGAAAUGAUAGCUUCUGAGCAAGUGAAAUGUACUCUGAAUAAGUGACUUUUAUUUUAAAAUAAAAUAAUAGCUUCUUUCAAA